AUGAGUUUAUAUUUUGAUGGAAAUGAUACAUUAAUGGAGAACUGUUUUAAUGGCAAACAGAGUCAUGUCGGGACUUGCAGACAGCAGGAGGCAAGUCAGGUGUCUACUCCAUUGAACUGCCAGAAACCAGAGAGAAACUGAGAGUGUGGUGUGACAUGGACUCUGGCAAUGGCGGCUGGCUGGUGUUCCAGAGACGCCGUGACGGCUCCGUGGACUUCUACAGGAACUGGACAGAAUAUGAACAGGGCUUUGGUGACAUCACCGGGGAGUUCUGGCUGGGUUUAUCAAGGCUUCACACCCUGAGCAAAGGGAGACCCACCCGACUGCGCGUAGACCUCGGAGAAGUGGAUGGACAUCGUCACUACGCUGAGUACUCGACAUUCAGGGUGGACGGUCCUGAGACAAACUACACACUGACCGUGUCCGGCUACUCCGGUAACGCGGGUGACAGCUUGCAGUAUCACAACAACCAGAGUUUUUCAACCUUUGACCGAGACAACGACAAGUGGUCUGAUGGCAACUGUGCCGUUGCCAUUCACGGCGCCUGGUGGUACAAAAUAUGUCACGAGACCAACCUUAACGGCCGAUACAAGGUUGACGGGCCGAUGGUACUGACGGCGUCAACUGGUUUUUCACCCACUAUGACAGGAGGAGCUUCACCUUCAGCGAGAUGA